CCCAUUCUUCAUGUUUUCUCAACCCUAAUACACAACGCACAAAAGCUGAAAAUGGCUCAAAUUAUUCUCUCAUUCUUCAUCAUCUCUCUCACCAUCUUUGGUUUUUCGGGCACAGUUGAGUCGCGCUCACGUGCAAGGAUGUACCUUCAGGCACAAUGCCAACAAACAAUAUACUUUGAUCUAUGUGUGAGAACUCUUUUACCCUAUACUACCAAAAAAGAACUACCAAGCCCACGAAGAUUAGCUCAAAUCACGCUAACCACAUGUCUAGUCAAAGCUCGGUUUACCAAGGUUUAUGUAGGCAUGAUAGCAAAACAAUACAACAAAACAAAGAAUCCUGGAGAAUACCAGGCUUUGGAAGACUGUCUGAAUCAAAUCAGUUAUGGAGUAAACCAAAUUACUCAAUCCGUCAAAGAAUUACAACAAAUGGAUACAGAUGUGGAAGAAAAAUUUGUGUGGCAUGAGAGUAACAUUAAGUCGUGGGUAAGUGCUGCCUUAACGGACACUACAACAUGUAUGGAUGGACUUUUGGGGGACACACUUGGGUAUAAGGUAAAAAGUAUGAUUAAAGCACGGUUUUUGAACGUUAAACAACUCGCUAGCAAUUCUCUUGGGAUGUUCAAUCGUUUCACUACAAGGCAUCGUGCUUCUCGCGCCAUCAGGAACCCUUAAAUUUGGUUAUUAUAGAGUCUUAUAUAUAUACAUAUUUCAAAAUUUUAUGGUUGUGUUUGAGAAAUAUUUCUUUAAUUUAAUUCAUGUCGAAGCGAUAUACGGUCGAUGUAAUAUGUGAAUAUCAAGUUUUGAGAAAUAUAUAAAUUUACAAGUCUUGCAUUGUUUUUGAAAAAUCAGUCGUGACAUUUGGUUAAACACAUAAUCAAUAGAUCAAAUGUUUUUAUCACUACAAAGAAUAUAGGCGAUGAAAAUAGAGUAUCCACGUACUUCUAAACAUGUAAUAAACAUUUAAUCAGUCUAAAAGACCACGUACUUCUAAACAGGUAAUAACCGUAAAUUUAGUAAAAUCCAUAUGGCUGAGCAGAUCAAAACAGGAUUUGGUAAAUUUAAAACUUAAAAAAAAAAAU